AUGGCGGGGGCUUCACAUAACACCUAUUCGAGGUCUCCGAUACCUUCUACGGGCUCCUAUGAUUCCUCUUCCGUCUCGUCCGCUGCUUCCCCUCGAAUGCAGAGUGGAUAUGAAGGAGGACUUAUGGGAGCCUCCCCCAGAACAAUGAGCGGACAAUCUCUUCCGCAUAUAAACCACCCAAUGGGUCACAGCUCAUUCCAAAAUCCAUAUAGCUCGACCGCAGCCUCUCCAGGGCCUUCUGGAAUGGACUCGAUGGCUGCCUCGACUGUCUCUUCAGGUGGAACUUCCGGUGCAGCAGGUUCGCAGAUAUCUAGCGCAAGUAUGCAAGCGCAAAAAAGGGCCUACAGGCAACGGAGGAAAGAUCCUAGCUGUGACGCUUGUCGAGAGCGGAAAGUCAAAUGCGAUGCAACAGAGACGACAAGCUGUUCAGAAUGUUCCAGCAGGAAUGUCAAGUGCCAGUUCACUAAAGAGACCAAUCGCAGAAUGUCUUCCAUCAAGCAAGUACAGGACCUAGAGAAACAGAUCAGUCAAGUCAAGAGAGAGAAUUCGCAAUUGCGCUCAAUUUUGAAUUUGCGAGAGUCCGAAAGGGGGAUUGACGGCGAAGGACUUCAAGGCAUAGCCCUAACACUGCCAGAAAUUGGAUCAAACCCCAAAAGAAAACAUCGACCUCCACCCCCUCACGAUCUUUCUCACGUCCGCCAAAACAUCAGGAAUUUUGGUCGCGGGAUAUUUAAGCCUCCAGCUCCCUACCGACAAAUUGGGAUCCAAGACCACUUCAACCCCCCUCGCCCGGAUUUACCACCAAAAUAUGUAGCCGAUCACCUACUCCACUCCUACUACUCGUCUAUGCACAUGAUAACCCCCAUUCUUCAUUGGCCGACUUUUGAACAGGAGUACGAAGCAGUAUACAAGACAGGAAGUCUGCAUGGUCUCCCGCCCGUCUGGAGCUCGCUUCUUUUUGCAGUCUUGGCUGUUGGUGUUUUGUUUAGCUCAGAGCCUAGUAUACACCGUCCGCACAAAGGGAAGGAGUUUAUCGAAAUAUCGCGCUCUCUGAUAGAUAUGUGGAACGACGAGUUUGUCAUCGAUCAUGCUCGAGCCGCGAUCCUCACAAGUAUUUUCCUUGCCGAAAUGAACUUGAAGUCCGCGGCUUGGACAUGGCUUGCUUCAGCUGUGCGAAUAUCACAGGAUAUUGGACUUCACUCGGAAACUGGACCAUGGCCUAUGAUCGAGGGGGAGAUGCGAAGAAGAGUGUGGUGGGGUAUCUAUGUUUGGGAUCGACACAUGUCUUUGGAAUUGGGCCGACCUCUUUUGAUCGAAGAUGUGGAUUGCGACGUUGGCUUGCCGGCAGCAAUUGACGACCAUUAUAUACACGACACGGGCAUGAUGGUUCCAAAUGGUGUACCGCCUGUCACGAACUUCAUCAUACCGAUCAUCCAUGUUGUGCGCUGUAUCUCUCAACUAAUCACAACCCUAAAAUCGCCCAAGAUUUCCCCCUCAACGCUCGCGACCUUCGACACUCACUUCAAUUCUUGCAUGUCCGCUUUCCCACCUUCAUGCCAAUUGACCGCAAACGAGGCACUCGACCCAAGGAUGCUGGCGCCAAUUUGCCAUCUCAUGAACGCACGACUAGUCUUGCACAGACAUAACCUCACCACCUCCUGUCCCCUGGAAGUAAGGGGCGCUGCAGUCGAACAGUGUAUCAGAGCAGCACUAGACUCGACCACCCUCUUCGCCCGAGCAAUGGCCUCUUCAACCACCACAAACCCUUCCACGCCUCCCUUUGGGCCUACCGCCAAUGCCAUGACUUGCACCCACAUAUGGCGAUGUACUCUAUUCCUGCUCUUUGGUGGCCACUACGACGCAGCAUUAACCUGUAUCCGAGCCUCCUCAAGCAUCGCCACCCUUCGGGACGUGAAUGUAGCAUGCGGGCGCAAUAUUUCAUUCUUCCUCGGUGUCUUAAUCGAUAAGCGUCGAGCCGGGGGUGGGAAAGGCUAUCCCCGAGAAAUGGACGAGGAGCUUCUCGCCUACGUUUCUGGAGACGCACAAGCGUCUCCUGAGAAUAGUUGGGUCUGGAUGGGGAGCGAGACAGGGAUGAAUGUUGGCAUGCUACCAAAAUCCGUUCUAGCUGGCCCAAGUCCUACUUUACUGGGGGGGGGAAGGGAGGAGGGGACCGCGGUAUUAAGCGAUAGUGAAGCGCGGGAUUGGGGAGGUUGGGAACGCGUUGAGUAUCUCGUGGGCGUUUUGAUUAGGGAGCAAUCCGGGUACGGGAAUGUGAGAAGCUAUGGUCCGCCUCCUGGGAGUGACAUGGGAGCACGGGAUCAGAGGAAGGGGAUUGAGAGGAUGAGUAUCACGAAUAUCAUCUAG